AAUACUAGAAGCUUACUCCAAAUUGUCAAUAUACAGUAUAACACAGCUUCCCAUGCUAUUACGUUUGUCCUCACCUCUCGCUUUUUUUCCUAAUAAAACCAGCCAAUUCCACUACUCCACAAAAGCCCAUCUCUGAUUUCUCAUCCUUUUUUCACUCUAUAGAAAAGAAUUUUUUUACACAAAUAGCCGAUCAUCACACAAAUUUACAUGGAUACACAAGUAACAGAAUGUGGUAACACUAGUAUGAAGGUACUGAUGUUUCCAUGGUUAGCAUAUGGACAUAUCUCUCCAUUUCUCAACGUAGCCAAGAAACUCGCGGACAAGGGAUUCUUGAUUUAUCUCUGUUCAACACCUAUCAAUCUUAAAUCUAUAGUCAAGAAAAUACCCGAAAAAUACUUUGUUUCAAUACAGCUUGUUGAGUAUCAUUUACCCGAAUCUCCUGAACUUCCUCCUCAUUACCAUACUACCAAUGGACUCCCACCCCAUCUCAAUCACACCCUUCAAAAGGCCUUGAAAUUGUCCAAACCAAACUUCUCCAAAAUCUUGAAAAAUCUGAAACCUGAUGUGGUAGUUUAUGAUAUUUUACAGCAAUGGGCUGAAGGCGUAGCGAAUGAACAAAACAUUCCUGCAGUCAAGCUCUUAACUUCUGGUGCAGCUGUGUUUUCAUAUUUUUUUAACUUAGUAAAGAAACCUGAGAUUGAAUUCCCUUUCCCAGCUAUUUAUCUUAGGAAAAUUGAGUUAGUAAAAUUGGGUGAAAUGAUGGCAAAAUCAGCUAAAGAAAAAGAACCUGAUGAUGUGGGUCCUUUUACUGAAGGAAAUAUGCAAAUUAUGUUAAUGAGUACCUCUAGAAUUAUAGAGGCAAAAUACAUAGAUUAUUUUUCUGAAUUGAGCAAUUGGAAAGUUAUUCCAGUUGGUCCACCAGUCCAAGAUUCAAUGGCUAAUGGCACGGAUGAUGUGGAGCUUUUUGAUUGGCUAGGAAAAAAAGAUGAGAAUUCAACUGUAUUUGUCUCUUUUGGAAGUGAGUAUUUCUUGACAAAAGAAGAUAGGGAAGAAAUAGCUUUUGGAUUGGAGUUUAGUAAUGUUAAUUUCAUAUGGGUUGUAAGAUUUCCAAAAGGGGAAGAACAAAAUCUUGAAAAUGCUCUACCACACGGUUUUCUUGAAAGAAUUGGAGAAAGGGGAAGAGUUUUGAACAAAUGGGCCCCACAACCAAGAAUUCUCAAUCAUCCGAAUACCGGAGGAUUUAUAAGUCAUUGUGGUUGGAAUUCUGUAAUGGAAAGUGUAGAUUUUGGGGUUCCUAUUAUAGCAAUGCCUAUGCAUCUUGAUCAACCGGUGAACGCUAGGUUGAUAGUAGAAUUAGGAGUCGCGGUUGAGAUUGUUAGAGAUGAUGAUGGCAAGAUUCAUAGAGAAGAAAUUGCGCAAGUUCUUGAAAAUGUCAUAGCUGGGAAAACAGGAGAUAAUUUGAGGACAAAAGUUAAAGAUGUUAGCAAGAAAUUGAAAUGUAUAAGGGGUGAAGAGAUGGAUGCAGUUGCUGAAGAGCUAAUUCAGUUUUGUAAGAAUAGUAAUAAAGUGCAAAUAAUGUGAUGCUGUAAUUCAGUUUACAAAAUUGUCUGUUAGGUCUGGUUAUCUUCAAAAUAUUUUGAGGUUGAAAUAAUGAGAAAAAAUAGGAGGCGACCUAUAAAUUUAUCCUGUAUUCACAUUCUUAAAGAAUAAUUUUGUGUAGCUUUCGAUAUGAAUACUUUUUCUUGUUCAAA